AUGUCAUCGCCAGAGCCUCCAGCAAAGAGAAGCAGACUUGCGAAUGCGUCUGCAACAUUAGUGGGAGAAGCUGCCCGGACCUCACAAGCCUGUACAACAUGCCGGGAGAAGAAGAUCAAAUGCUGUGGCAAUCAGCCGUGCCGAUAUUGCGCUAAACGGGGACUGAGCUGCAAUUUUUUGGAACAGGGGCCGAAGAAGAUGUAUUUCGUUGCAUAUGUCGAGGAUCUAGAGAGGAGGGCUUCACUUGUAACGAAGAGUAGUGGGAGUAAUCCCGCUCCGCAGCAAUAUCGAAGCCCUGCCCGUGAGCAUGUCGAGGUCACUGCCUCUGAUCAGGUCAGUGCUGUAACUCAGGCCACGGCCGCAGAUCAGGUUGCUGGCACAGACCAAGAUACCGCCGCAAUGACAAGCCCUUUUGAUUCCCAGCCCGCCAUGUCAUCCAGCCAUGAAUUUGGAUCCAGAAUCAAAAAGUUACCGGCUGAUUCGAAAUCACCUGUUUUGCUCUACCCGAACAUGGUUACGGCCAAUAAUGCAGACGAUGCUUAUAAACUCGAGCACGAAGGUUCCACCAGUCAACGGAGUAGAGUAUCAGACAUCAAGUGGCCAGACGAAGAUGAGGCCCACGCUCUUCUUCACACAGUCUCAAGUUCAAUUGGAAGUGUUCAGCACCUUAUCGACCCGAGAGCUUUCUCAGACAACCUUUCUAGUUUUUACGACAGAGAUCAAGAUGCAGAUCCAAUCAUUAGUCUUCAACACGUACAGAUGCUCAUGGUAUUUGCACUGGGGAUCCUCCUUCAGGGAAAAUUACAGGGAGAGUCGUCUUUCCCAGGUGCAGAGUAUUUUCUGCACGCCGUUAGUCAUCUCCCGUCUUUAUGCACCUUGCGUAAAGCGGGCGUAUUGGCAAUCGAGACCAUGGGCCUUUUUGCUUUUUUUCUGCAAUGCUCGGAUCGCAAGGACGAUGCGUACAUCUAUGUGAGUGAGUCUGCCGGAGUCGCAUUACGGCUAAGCAUCAUGCAUGGUCUCUGCCGGGGCGCAGAAGGGAACGCUCUGAAGCGUUCUGAAAAGACGCAUCGAAAUCGCUUAUGGUGGACAAUCUACAUGCAAGAAAGGCGACUUGCUGCUGCCACUGGAAAUCCAGUCGGUGUCCUCGAUGAGAACAUAACAACGGAUCUGCCGGCAGAUGCUGCGGGGUUCCCUGCCGUCGCCGCCUUGGAUGCCAAUGUCAAGCUCGCCAGGAUAACCGGGAAAACUCUUCAAAACGUCUAUAGUCCGAGUCAUCGAACAAGCCGGCAAUUCAUAGAGGCCAUUGAGAGCCUUGUUGAAGAACUCUUCAAGUUGGAGAGGGAGAUGGCGCCCGAGUGCAAAGCUGACCUAUCAACACCUUUAUCGUUGACUAGAACAGGUGCGACGCUGAGUUUGAUGUUUUCACAAUCUAUGAUACUUGCCACCAGACCCGUGUUGCUCCACCUUGCCAAAGUAAAGCGUGAGGGCAACAAACUUGGGACCGCGUUUGCUGAAAAUUUUGUGUGA